UAAGAGUAAUUAUUAUUAUUGGUGAUUUUUACCAAAAAAAUAUGCAAGUGGUACAACUGCCAACACUUCAAAUCACCUAGCAACCAAAACUGUCGCUAGGAGACCGUCAACUGUUUAAACCUUAACGAUUAUCAAAAUUGUUAAAAUGUUGGAAGACGAAGAAGAAGAAAUUCAUGUGCCUAUUAAUAAUGACUUGGAGCGCAGAAUUGCCGACGCGUUUGAAGUUUUCGACCACGCAGGUAACAAAACAGUCGAUGUUCGAGAAGUGGCAACGAUCGUACGUGCCUUGGGUUGUUGCCCCACUGAGGCAGAAAUUCAGGAAAUUUUGAUGGCUGUUGAAAACCCCGAAUCUCCCGGAAGUGUACACUUGUCUAAUUUUUUACCCCACAUGUCGCAAAUCAUCACUGAACACAAGUAUCAGCCUGCAAGUCCCGCGCAACUUUUAGAAGCGUUCCAAGUGCUAGAUAAUGAAGGUAAAGGUUUUUUAACAAAGGAACGCAUUUCCACGCUUAUGACGCAAGAUGGUGAGCCCUUUACCCAAGACGAACUCGACGAAAUGCUGGAAAUAGCCAUAGACCCACACACUCAAACUGUGCCUUAUGAAUAUUACAUCAAUCAGCUAAUGCUGGAUUAAGAAACAAGCACUAAUGGGGGCGCCAUUGAAAAAUAAGCUUAAUUUAUCUUCUUGUUAUUUAAUUAAGGCAAGUUUCCUUUUAUUAGGUGGUUUCAGUGAACAUUAAUAAAGAAUAAAGAAAUAUUUCUGUGUUGUUACUGAUAAAUAGUUACUCCUUCUGUUCGAAAAUACGGUAGGUAUAACUUUUAAAGGCCGGUAAGUAAUUACCAGUGUGAGGAAAUUUUAGGGGGUGGCCAUGAGGCCACAACCGAUCAGCCGACUCGUCGUAGCGCUCUCGCGAUGUUCAUAUUUAUCGAUGAAAUGGUCCGCUACAGCGUGUGCAUUGGCGUAGUUUACUUGGGGUUUAUACAAUUAAUGUUACCGGUCGCUUACAAAAAUCUAAUUAAAACAUAAAUAUUAUUGUUUUAUUAUAAUUACGGAGUACCCAAGAAAAAUUGUGGCAAUAAAAUAGUCGCUAAUUUAUUAA